AUGGAGGAACUACCAGGGACAGUUAGGCCAGGCAGAUCAGUCUCCUUUAAAACCCAGCACCAAUCAACUAACACAAAUGGAAAGCUGGAGUCUUGGCACAGAACAGAGCAAUGCUUACAGAGAAAACAAAAAACGUUUUCUUCUUCUUCUUCUUCUUCUCGCUGCAGCUCUUCGGAGAUUCCACAGAGCCCUGUCCAUGCCAUGGAGUUUUUAUGUCGCUCAUGGAGCCCAUCAGCCUAUAACUUUCAGCAGAUGUUUACAUCAAGUGAUUUGUUUGGUUCACAUGACAACUGGACCUCAGGGAAACAGGAAGACAAGUUCAAUUCAGGGGAACCAGAAGAGAAACUGGAGAUACAAGUCAUAGAUGAGUUGCCAUCCCAAACUAGUACUAGAAGCCCUAUGAUCAGCAGGGUAGAUGACACGAUAUGGAUGAACUCCAAGCACACAAAGGGAUGGUUAGGAGGCAAAUCCUUAAUAAGCAUAUUCGGUCUGCAGAGAGUGAAGAAGAAAGAUGAUAUUCGACUUCACACAGCUAGCGUUCAUGCAGCCCUUUCUGUCACACGCUUGGCUGCAGCUAUUGCCAGCGUUGCUUCCAACUGCAAGAACAGCAGCAUAGAAUCAGCAGAAGACGCCGACCCCAUUAUAGGUGACAUCGUUGCUUCUGCCGCAGCUCUGGUUACCACGGUAUGUGCUGAAGCCGCAGAGUCAUUGGGUGCACAGAAAACAAAUGUUUCUUCUGCCAUCAACUCCGGCUUGGCUAUCCAAACAACUGACGACAUGAUCACACUUACAGCUGCUGCUGCAACAUGUUUAAGAGGAGUUGCAGCGCUCAAAGCAAGAGCUACGGGCAAUGCCUACUUUCCAAGAAGCCAAAAUUUGCUUCAAGUAAAAGCCGAGCUAUCAGUUGUCACUCCUUCUGGAAGCAGAACAUACGGGUGGGCCUGCAUAUAUUCAAAGCAUAGUCAGCUCAUGCUUAGCCUCCAAAAGAAGCAUCUGGGAUUCUUAGCCACAAGAAAGGAAUACAAGAUUUUGCACGUGAUGGAGGGAACCCAGGAAGCUCAGGGUCAGGGCAACCUUUCAAUCAGCCUAAGGAGCAACAAUGGAAAUAUCAAGCUCUUGUUUAAAGAUGAAACUCAGUCUUUAGUUUGGACGUCAAGCAUCUCUAAUCUCUUACAGAUGCAUAAUUGA